ACAUGGAUUUGCAGGUAUAACAGGACAUGACUGACCUGCACAUUUCAAAUUCGGUUCUGUUCCAGGAUCCUGAUGCUCCAACAGUAAAUCAGCCUUUGUUUCCCACUCCUGCUGAGUGACAUGCCAUUGAAGGAUCAGUGCACAUGUUACAAUAACUGAUCUACAGCCCUUGACACUUGGUGGAUGCUGCCAGAAUCAGUCAAAACACUGUAAUAAAGAUAGUGCUUCAGAUCAGUGUCUUUACAGGAAUUGCUCUGCAGUUAUUCAGACCUGACAAAACACCUGGCACCCACACAUUGCUCUGAUAGUAAUACAAGUGCCCAACUUCCAUGUGAGGCUGUUACUAGCAAGACUUUACACAGAAGGCCAGAGUUGCUACUCCAGUUUUGCAGAUGGAGAAGUUGGAAAACAAGAGGUGAAAUGACUUGUACAAAAUUUGACAGCAAGCUAAGUUUGGAGUAGGACUCAGUCUCUUGACAGUGUGGGAAUAGCUGAGGUCUGUCUCUUUGGGAAGGAUGACUCAGAGCAGGGCUGUCUGAAACAGCACUGAGAGAAGUCCCUGAAAUGGACAGUCAACAUCAUGACAUUAUAAAUAAUGGCAGGAUUAAAUUCAAGCUGCUGCUUGCUGUUGCUGCUGUUUCCAGUGUUGCAAGUUCCUUUCCUGACCAUAGCUAGUGAGAGGAGGAAGGAAAGCAAGCAAAGGAAAGGAUCUGGUGUCCAGAUGGAAGCAGUUGCUGGGCCAGUGGAGUUUCAGCGGCGUGAACGGAACCAAAGUGGUGCACAAGCCUGGGCAGAAUCCUUUGUCAGCUGGGAAUUUCCCCCAGGGACUAAAUGGCGAGCAAAUGGACUGUUUGAUCGCUUGAGAGGAGGGACUCUGCUGAGGAUACCCGACAGAGUCCCUGUGGGGUAUCUCUGUCGUCCCAGACUCUUCCCUGAUAUGGAACAAAGUGAAGGUGAACAGGAAUCCCAGCCAGAGAGUCACGUGGAGAGCAAGAGCAGCGUGAAGUCCUUGCCCGGGGGACCGGCCCAUGUCAAACUAGAGAUUAAAAAACAUGCGGUUACGGAUGACUACAAACUCUCCAAACGUGUGCUGGGGUUAGGAAUCAAUGGCAAAGUACUGGAGUGUUUCAACAAGCAGACAGGCCAGAAAUGUGCUUUGAAGCUCCUCUAUGACAACCCCAAAGCCCGUCAGGAAGUGGAGUAUCACUGGCGAGCGUCAGGGUGUCCUCACAUUGUCCACGUCCUGGAUGUUUAUGAGAAUAUACACCAUGGGAAGAGAUGCCUCCUCAUUGUCAUGGAAUGCAUGGAGGGAGGAGAGCUGUUCAGCAGGAUCCAGGAGAGAGGAGAUCAAGCUUUCACUGAGAGAGAGGCCUCUGAAAUCAUGCGAGACAUCGGCACAGCCAUCCAGUACCUGCACUCCAUGAACAUCGCCCACAGGGACGUCAAGCCUGAAAAUUUGCUUUACACAUCCAAGGACAAGGAUCCUGUGCUCAAACUCACAGACUUCGGCUUUGCCAAAGAAACCUCUGUAGUGAAUGCGCUGCAGACCCCCUGUUACACUCCUUACUAUGUGGCCCCAGAAGUCCUCGGUCCUGAGAAGUAUGACAAGUCAUGUGACAUGUGGUCAUUGGGUGUCAUCACAUAUAUUCUCCUGUGUGGGUUCCCUCCAUUCUACUCAAACACUGGUCAAGCCAUUUCUCCAGGGAUGAAGAGGAGAAUUCGGAUGGGGCAAUACGGGUUUCCCAAUCCAGAGUGGGCUGAAGUAUCAGAGGAAGCCAAACAACUGAUUCGCCAUUUACUGAAGACUGACCCCACAGAGAGGAUGACAGUGUCCCAGUUUAUGAAUCACCCUUGGAUUAAUAGAUCAAUGUCAGUGCCACCAACUCCUCUUCAUACUGCACGGGUCCUGCAAGAGGAUAAAGACCACUGGGAUGAAGUUAAAGAGGAGAUGACCAGUGCUUUGGCUACCAUGAGGGUGGACUAUGAUCAGGUGAAAAUCAAAGACUUGAAAACCUCCAACAACCGCCUCCUGAACAAGCGCCGCAAGAAGCAGAAGCAGGCAGGCACUUCUUCCACAGCCCCAGGGUGCAAUAACCAAUGAGCACAGAAGCCAAGGACCUGUGGGUGGAGGGUAAAAGUUACACAGAGCAAUUUAAAAACCUAUGAUCACCUCAGUCCAUACCACAAAGGCAAGGAGAUGGUGAAGAAGCCGUCCUGCAAAGAGGGAGCAGUGGGAAAGAUUACUUUUUUAUUACUUGAAUCAGGGCUUUGCUUUUAAAGACUAAUGUAUAUGACGUGAUUCUGUUGCAUAUUGCUAGGGAAGGUUCAACAAUGCCAGAAAUGUUACAGGGUUUUGGUUUGGCUUUAACUCUGUGGGAUGAGAGGAGGGAACAGGAGGCAGUCUCAGCAUACUAAUGCACUGAGGCUUUAACAGCCAUUUACAAGAGUAACUUCUGCUGCUGUUUUAAACUUGGGACUAGAAGAAUGCCAAGUGUUCUGCCAGAAGUGUUUUAGUAGUUUAGUAGAAUUGGUAGUAGUCCAUAUUUCCAAACUUACCUCCUAUAGUUACAGAAUAUCAUCUGAACAGUAAACAGUUAUUCUUGUUACAGGAAAAAGCAUCCAUGCAUUUCCAUUUUCAUAAAGCCUUCAUGUAGCCUCAUGUGAAGACUUGAGUUUGUCAUGGAUUUGCGUUUGAUGACAUGUAAGUUUUCUGAAUUGUAACCACUGUGUUGUGUCUUUGCCACUGUCAGACUCCUCUCUUGUAAUGUUUUGAAUUUAACUGGUACAAUAUGUGAAAAGUUGUAAUAAGGAUUUAAGUAGCUGAAGGUAUCCUGCAGAGAGUAUUGCUGUUCCUCUUGGAUCCACAACCUCCAGGGCGUGCAGCUGGACAUGCAAUUGUGUACAAGAGACUGCUCUAGAGGAAAGACUCCUGAAAUUCAGGAAGAAGUGCCAAAUGCAUGUUCUCUGAAUGGACCCUGCCAGCAUCCCUUCUGGUAAUUAUCUCCAGAUCCCGUGCCUAAGAUGUGCUGAUCCCAGCAAGUUUUGGGGUGCUGGGGUUGGUUUGUUUCCUGGGGUCAGGAACUUUAUUUGCUGUGUUUUGGUGGUGUUUCAGGAUCCAAAGGUUUUCACCACUUAAGGGAGAUUACCAAUAAGUACAUCUACCUGUUGGUUUUUUCCUAUUCUAAUUAUUUUUUUUAUGGGAACCUGGCCUUGGUUUGCUGGUAUGUUUUAUUUUGUGAUCAAAAUAUUUCCUCUCGCUGUAUUUUGGGUUUUGAUUUUGUUUUUUUAGUUGAGGUGAGGCAAAUAUUUAUGGAAGUAUCAUCGGAGUCUAGGAUGUAAAUGAUGUGCUUCCAGUGAUGCAGGCAAAAAGGACUUUGUGGUAGGCUCACAGAGUGCUGGUGUGUUAACAGGCUUGGAAGAAUGUUAAAAGACAAAAAGGAAAACAAGGCUCCAGAGUGGAUCUGAAUUGUCCAAUGUGAGUGACACAGCAAAGCUCGAGGCUUUGGACUUUGUCUGGGGAACCCAGUUCAGAGUGUUGGAUGAGAGCUCCAUUCUUCUUUGUGCACUGGUCCUAGGGUUUUGUAACGUGAUUUAUUAAAAUGAGUUUCUAACAUUC